AAUUUAAAAAAAAUCACUUCAUUCGAAUGAAAUUCGAUGUGUUUUAAUUAAAAUAAUCUAACUUCAAUACGAAUAAUAAAUCGAGAAAAAAUUAUUUUUUCAGAGUAAUUUCAAUUUAUAUUUGUUAGAAAAAUAUUUUUCGCAAGAGCUCUCUCCAGUCAAUUGUGAUUUAUUUGUAUUUGUGGAGAAAAACAAAAUCAAUCAGCUCUUCAUCUGUAUUAUUUCUUGUUGCCAAACAGAAUAUUCACUGAAUAAUCUGAAAUUGUAUCAAUCAUUGAUCUGAAUAUCACUAUUAUCAUUAAGAUUUAAAAAAAAAAUUAUUGUUUUUUUUAAGCUGACACUCUCAAAAACAAACAAGCUUCAUCCAUGGCUGUAAUCUUGAAGAAUCACUGUUUAUUAAUCACUGUAUUGUUCCUCUGUUGUUUCUGUUCAUGGCGGCAGAUAAAUGGGUAUGAAUCACUGUUUCAUCCAAAAGAUAUUCUGCCGCUGUUACCAAGACAGGUAUCUUGGCCUAUUAUCAAUUCUCUUCACAGUGCUGUGGACCUAUUGCCUGCUUUUAUGGGUGCUGCUUCAAUUGAAGGGAAUAAUACAUUGGAGUGGAAAGCUGCUUGCUUUUACAAGAAUAUUGCUUGGUUAGAGCUUCACAACAAAUCUGAAAGUCAAUUUGGUGGUGGUACCCUUCAUAUCAAGGUGAGCAAUGCACACAGUUGGACAUGUUUGGACCUUUACAUCUUUGCAACCCCAUAUCGUGUAACGUGGGAUUACUACUUUUUUUCUCGUGAACAUACCCUUGAAAUCAAAGAGUGGAAGUCUCAAGCUGAGUUAGAAUAUGUAAAAAAUAGAGGGGUGUCCAUUUUCCUAUUGCAAGCAGGAAUGUUAGGAACCCUUUCAGCAAUAUGGAAUGCUUUCCCCUUGUUCGUCAAUAAUGGAUGGGGCGAGAAGUCAAAUAUUGAUUUUCUAGAGAAACAUAUGGGUGCUUCAUUUGAAGAACGUCCACAGCCGUGGGUCACAAACCUUACUACUGAUGACAUUCAUUCUGGAGAUUUUCUUGCUAUAUCAAAAAUUAGAGGUACCUGGGGCGCUUUUGAGACUUUAGAGAAAUGGGCAACGGGCUCUUAUGCUGGCCAUACUGCUGUUUGCUUGAGAGACGCUGAAGGAAAACUAUGGGUUGGCGAAUCUGGAAAUGAUAAUGACAAGGGAGAAGAUGUGAUUGCUAUAUUACCAUGGGAUGAAUGGUGGGAGUUUGAGCUGACAAAAGACAACACCAAUCCACAUAUUGCAGUGCUGCCUUUGCACCCUGAUCUCCGAGCCAAGUUUAACGAGACAGCUGCUUGGGAAUAUGCACGAAGCAUGGAAGGAAAAUCUUAUGGUUACCACAACCUAAUAUUUAGCUGGAUAGACACAAUUGAUGGAAAUUACCCACCACCCGUGGAUGCUCAUCUGGUGGCUUCUGUCAUGACUGUUUGGAACCAAAUAGCGCCUGAAUAUGGUUCUAACUUGUGGAACGAAGCCUUAAACAAACGACUUGGAACUCAGAACCUUAGUCUUCCUGAUAUACUUGUUGAAGUUGAAAAGCGUGGAUCCUCUUUCGCCAAAUUGUUGGCUAUUCCAGAGCAAGAUGACUGGGUUUAUAGCGACGGCAAGUCAGCAUCAUGUGUUGCUUUUAUUCUUGAAAUGUACAAGGAAGGAGGACUAUUUGGUGAACUUGCAAACUCGAUUCAGGUUACAGAGUUCACGAUAAAAGAUGCUUAUACUCUCAACCUUUUUGAAAACAAUUCAAGCCGGUUGCCAAAAUGGUGCAAUGCCGAUGACACUGUGAAGCUUCCUUUCUGUCAAAUUCGAGGUAAGUACCGUAUGGAACUACCUGGAUACAAUAGUAUGGAUCUGUACCCCCAUAUGAACGAAAGAUGUCCAUCUAUGCCUCCGAAAUACUACAGACCUCAAGGUUGUUGACGAGGUUUUCCCCAUCUUCCUCUGUAAGUAUCACAGAGGUCAGUAUUGUUGAAAACAUAAAUACGAGUCAGCUUCUUCGAACAGCUUAAGCUUUUAGACGAGAUGGUCACACACUUUAACAUCAUAUUGCAUGUAGUUUUCACUCAUCGAGCAGUUCCCGAGGAGUUGUACAAUGCCUAGGAUACACAAGCUAAGGUUGCUAUUAGCCAUUUAUGUUGCUCUUAUUCAAGAGUUUGUACAAAGUUUGACAAUUUCCUUUAGUUUUUAUUUAUACUAAGUAUGUUGUUGUGAUUUAGCUUUUUAUGGAACGAAAUCGGGAAAAUGAAUCCCGAAGAACUUGUAGCAAGUAGCACGUAAUCGUGGAAUUAGUGGAGGUGCACGUAAAUUUAUAUUUGCUUAUUUAUUCAAUUCCGAACAGUUUGGAAAUACUCAUUUCUUUUACUGUUCACUGCAA